UUACCCCAAACACCCUGUACUGUGUUGCUAAGACAAUGUAAACAAACGAGCGUUCGUAUUCUAAGCGAUUUUUAAUUAAUAAUAUGGGAGGCAAAAGUUAUUAUUGUGAUUAUUGUUGUUGUUUUAUGAAGAAUGAUCUCAAUGUGCGCAAAUCACAUAAUGCUGGCAUCGCACACUGCACUGCAAAGGCAACUUAUAUGCGCCGCUUCGAGCAUCCCCGCAAAAUAUUAGAGGAAGAGCGCAUGAAAAUACCCUGCAAACGUUUUUUUGCUGGAUACUGCAAGUUUCAGGCUCUCUGCAAAUUCGGCCAUUUUAAUGCAAAACAGAUGCAACAUCUAGAGAAAAUUGUGAGUAAACUAAAGAAAAAACAAAGUUCCAAAAGGAAAAAAAUGCCGCAACUCAAACAAAAUUUGCCGCCGUCACUUCAAUCAAUAAAUUUAACCAAGCUGAAGCAAAGCAAUCUGGAGUUAAGCUGGGGUUAG